AUGCCCAAGGCGGGUUACCAAGUAUGGCUGGCAGCGGCUUUGAAGGAAGCUGUAGAUGCUGGUUGGUUGCCCAUGCCCAAGGCGGGUUACCAAGUAUGGCUGGCAGCGGCGUUGAAGGAAGCUGUAGAUGCUGGUUGGUUACCCAUGCCCAAGGCGGGAUACCAAAUAUGGCUGGCGUUGGUGUUGACGGAAGCUGUAGCUGACGGUUGGUCGGUCCGGAAAAAUGGCAGCCUGCAUAGGGAUAUGAGUGAGUAG